AUGAGCGGGAGUAAAGGUUGCUGUCAGCGCUGUCUGCACUAUGUGUUUGAUUAUGAAACGGCAAAAACCCUGGUGAUACCCAGCAUAGGGGUAGGAUUUGUCUUCAGAUUCACCCAGUUUCUGGUGGUGCUGUACGUUGUGGGGUAUGUGUGUGUGAUGAGUAAGGGCUACCAGGACACAGACUCUGUCAUCAGUACUCUCACCACCAAAGUCAAAGGUCUCGCCUUCACCAACGUAUCUGAUAUGGAACCACGUUUUUGGGACGUAGCUGAUUUUGUCAUGCCACCCCAGAGUGAUCACUCUUUCUUUGUGUUGACGAAUAUGGUCAUCACACCCAAUCAAAUUCAGUCACACUGUCCCGAGCUUCCAAAUCCAUCAACUAUUUGCAAGGAUGAUUGUGACUGCACCGUGGGAUACGCCGACCCCCGAAGAAACGGUAUACAGACGGGACUGUGUGAAAACUACUCCACAACUGUCCGGACCUGUGAUGUGUUAUCAUGGUGUCCUCUUGAAAUAGACACCAAGCUGCCCGAACGUGCAUUGCUGGCUGCAGCAGAAAACUUCACAGUGUUGAUCAAAAACAGUGUGACCUACCCCAAGUUCAAUGUUCACAAAAAAAACAUAUUUCAACAUAUUAACUCCUCAUAUCUGAAGAGGUGUGAGUUCAACCGUGCAACAGACCCAGACUGUCCCAUAUUCCGCCUCAAAAACAUCGCUACAGAGGCUGGAGAGGACUUUCAGGACAUGGCUGUGAAGGGUGGCGUCCUCGGUAUUGUUAUUGACUGGAGCUGUGACCUGGACUUGUGGUCAGGGCCAUGUAACCCAAAGUACACCUUCCGCAGGCUGGACAACAAAAAUCCUGUCAAUAAUGUGGCUCCUGGAUUUAACUUCAGGUUCGCCAAAUACUACAAGACCCCAGAUGGAAAGGAGACUAGAACCUUGAUCAAAGCGUUCGGGAUCCGGUUUGACGUCAUUGUUCAUGGAACCGCAGGAAGAUUUGGAAUUGUACCAACCAUAGUGAACUUGGGAGCAGCGUUGUCAUUCCUCAGUUUGGUGCCUAUAGUUGCUGACUGGUUCAUGCUGACGUGCACGAGGAAGAGCGAUAUUUACAGCAAACACAAAGUUACAUAUCUGAGUGAGGAUGCUGAAAAUGAACCAACUGUGUUACAGGGCACCACCUAUGGAACAACUGAUUAG